AUGUCUCGGGUUGGCGCCGUGUUGGGAUUGAGCGGGAACAGACCGUGUUUUCCGCGGGAACCAGGCUUUGAGGCAAUGAAUGGCAUGCUGAAGGACGCGAAUGCCCACAGUCUUGGCGUCAAGGUCGCGGCGCAAGCGGCGUGGUCGAUAACGCCGACACUUGUGGAGGUCUUGGAUGGCCGAUCGACAAAGAGGACAGGUGUUGUGAUCUUCCAUCCAGGCAUCCAGGCAAUCUUCGUGAAAAUUGUGCCCGCAUGCCAAGCCCAAUCCCUGUGCCUCUCGGGUUGGACUAUGGGGCCGAAGCGGAUCGGGACUCUGCGCUGGGGACCCCAGACAAACCUGAAUAGCGUGCACCUUCCGGAUCCAAGGAGUAACACCUGCCGCCGCGACCCCAACAGCAGCAGCAGCAGCAGCAGCAGCAGCAGCGAGUGCAGCGACCCGGCGACCCCGAUACCAGCGUCGCGACGACAGUCGAAUGCGACAGACAGAGAGAGAGAGUGA